GGAGGGAGAGGGAAAGAGAAGGAGGGAGAGAAACCUCAAACGCAACAACCUUACAAUGGAAGUUAAAUUAGGGCCUUUAGAAUACAUUAAUAACAAGUUAAAUUCUCCUACAAAGCUAGAUAUCUCUUUUCUAGUGGUAGCAUAGGGUCACUUUAGUUUAAACUAAAUAAAACGUUGAAAUUAUAAUGCAAGUCUAGGACAUAAGGUAGACCAGCCUCCUGGGCUAGGAGCACUGCCUUGGAGAGAUGUGCCACGACUUUCCUUCCCCAUUUUUCUUUCUAGGGUCACACACUCUUCGUAGAUCCGCCUGCUCCUGGGGGUAGGGUUCGGAGAGGCUGGAAGCGAUUUAGCCUUGGCGCCGGAGAUUCAAGAGGGCUGCUGGGGAGCUAGGUGGCUGAGCUGCAGUGCAGCCUCCGAGGCGGCUGGGGGCGCCCUCUGUCGCGCAUCUUUCCCGGCAAAUCCCGUGGAGGAGGCACCGGCCGGGCGGUUGGCGAAAGGCGGGCUGAGGGCUGGGCCGGGAGGCGGGGCUCAGACGGGCGGCUUGUCGCAGGGUUCCAGCGCCGGGCGGGUAGCGGAGAGCCGCCCUGGGUGGCUGUGCGUCACCCCCGCCUGAGCCUGCUUUCCGGAGGAAGAGUCAGCCGGCCGAGUCUGGGGAGCAGGCUAAAAUUCCAGCAAUCUAUUUGUGCUCAUCUAAGAAGCCCCACCCCCAGCCUUCAAGAUGGAUGAUAGUUUGGAUAAAUUUAUAGAAGAACGUAAAGCCAAAUUGGCCAAAGACAAAGCAGAAUUGGAACAUGACCCACCUUACAUGGAAAUGAAGGGAAAGACAUCAGAGAAGCUUUCUGAAAAUAGUAAAAUACUAUUCUCCAUGGCUAAGGAAAACAUACCGCCAAACUAUCAACAAACCAAGGGGUCUUUAGGAAUUGAUUAUGGAUUAAGUUUACCUCUUGGGGAAGACUAUGAACGGAAGAAACAUAAAUUAAAAGAAGAAUUACGGCAAGAUUAUAGACGGUAUCUUACUCAGAAAAAUUUUCUAUCUACGGGUGAAACAGAUCCAUCUACUCUGGGAGUUUCUCUUCCUAUUGGUGAGAGGUUAUCUGCUAAGGAAAGGUUGAAACUUGAACGAAACAAAGAAUAUAAUCAGUUUCUCAGGGGUAAGGAAGAAUCCAGUGAAAAGUUCAGACAGGUAGAAAAGAACACUGAGCCCAAGCGUCAAAGCAAUAAACAUCCUGUUAGUCAAGAUAAAUCUGAUUUACCUCUACAAAGACACACAUACUGCACAAAUUCUGAAGGUCCCGGGAGGGAUGUCUUACCUCCUUCAGAGACCUACGAGGAACUUCUCAACCGGAGACGGCAAGAGGAGGACAGAUACCGACAACUGGAUGAUGAAAUUGAAUUAAGAAGUAAAAGAAUCACUAAAACAACUAAUGAGGAAGUGGGUGUGUCCAAUACAAAACAUCAGAGGUUUGCCAGCAAGCCUGGUGUUUCAGAGAGAAGAUUGUGCAGGUUUCAUGAGGUUCCUGCUUUUGAUAGACAGUAUUAUAAACCAGACAAAGAUCCUGAAGUAAGUGAAGAAAUGGAUGAAAGGUUUAGAUAUGAAAGUGAUUAUGAUAGAAGACUUUUGAGAGUGUGUACAAAUGACAGGAUGCAUGGGAAAAGACGAGGGGACGUGCCUUCUAUGGAGAAUGAUGCUGGUGUCAUAGAACACUCAAACACACGAAUUUCACCUGCUGGAAAUGAAAGUGCUCGAGACAAUGAACUAUCCAAAUCUGCUAAUCGAGAAACCUGUAGUCCUUUUUCAGGGAUGAUCUUUGGAGGUGAAGAUCGAGAACUUAUUCAGAGAAGGAAAGAAAAAUAUAGACUAGAAUUAUUGGAACAAAUGGCUGAACAACAGAAGAAUAAGAGACGAGAAAAAGACUUAGAGCUCAGAGUUGCAGCUUCUGGAGUACAAGACCCUGAGAAAUCGCCUGAUAGACUAAAGCAGUUUAGUGUGACACCAAGACACUUUGGAGAGAUGACACCACCUGAAAGACCCAGAGUAGCUUUCCAGACUCCUCUCCCUCCUUUAUCUGCUCCUUCUGCCCCACCCAUUCCAUCAAUUCACUCCGCCCCUUCUCAAAAUGAAGAUUUGCACAAUGGACUCAACAGCACCCUUGGUGAACUGGUGCCUCCCAGAAUUGCACCUCUGCCUCCACCGCCCCUAUUACCACCUUUGGCUACUAACUAUCGAACGCCUUAUGAUGAUGCUUACUAUUUUUAUGGUGCCAGAAAUCCUUUGGAUCCCAAUCUUGCCUAUUAUGGUUCAGGAAUAACUGGAAUGCAGCCUGCAGCUUACGUUAGUGCUCCUGCCACCCACCAACUAGCACAACCUAUUGUGAAUACAGUUGGACAGAAUGAACUGAAAAUUGCAAGUGAUCCAGUGGUAAAUUCAGGGCUGAUCUUUGAAGAUAAACCAAAGCCUUCCAAGGAAUCACUUCAGUCUUACCAAGAGGCUUUGCAGCAGCAGAUCCGGGAAAGAGAAGAAAGAAGGAAGAAAGAACGUGAAGAAAAAGAAAAAUAUGAAGCUAAACUGGAAGCUGAGAUGAAAAUUUACAACCCCUGGGGAAAAAGUGGAGGAGGCGCUCCUUUGAGAGAUGCAGAAGGAAACUUGAUAACUGAUUUGAAUAGGAUGCACAAACAAAAUAUAGAUGCCUACCAUAACCCAGAUGCGAAACCAUAUGAAGAUAAAAGGGCUGUUGUAGCUGUAGACCAAAAUUUAGCCACUUCAAAUGCUGAGAACCUAGAGGAUUCUGCAAAUAACAACUCAGGCCAUGUGCAAACGCAGAGCUCUCCUUUUGCUCGGGGAAAUAUAUUUGGUGACCCUCCAACUGAACUGCAGAUUAAACAGCAAGAAUUAUACAAAAAUUUUCUUCGUUUUCAGAUUGAGGAAAAGAAACAAAGAGAAGAAGCAGAACGAGAAAGACUGAGAAUUGAAGAAGAAAAAGAAGAAAAACGUCUUGCAGAACAGAGAGCACGAAUUCAGCAAGAAUAUGAAGAAGAACAAGAGAAGAAAAGGGAGAAGGAGGAGGAGCAAAGACUAAAAAAUGAAGAGCUUAUUCGGUUAGCAGAAGAAAGGCGAAAAGAAGUAGAAAGAAAGAAGAAAGAAGAAGAAGAAAAACAUAACCUGCAACUUCAUCACUACUAUGAAAGAGAAAGUAAAAUUGGGGAAGAGACAAAGCACUUGAGACAGGCUUCUCCUGUAGUUCCUGCUCUUCAGAACAAAAUUACAAGCAAACUCCAAAGACCUCCUUCGGUUGACAGCAUCAUAAGUUCCUUCAUUCAUGAAACUUCAGUGUCCAGAGCACAGUCUCCUCCAGUACCUGCAAGGAAAAAUCAGCUCCGUGCAGAAGCUACCACCACAGCUAGAUUUCAGAGCAAGUCUGUUCCCUGGAGAAACUGCCUGUGGCAGUGCCUGAAAAGAGAAAGGAAUCCCAUGGAUAUAUUUGACAUGGCCAGACAUCGAGUGCAAGCUCCUGUCAGAAGACAGUCCCCUAAAGGCUUAGACGCUACUACCUUUCAGAAUAUUCAUGACUUUAAUGUGCUAAAAGAUAGAGAUUCAGAAACACGAGUUGAUUUGAAAUUGAUGUACCCAGAUCCUCCAAGAGAUCGUCACACUUUAGAAAUUCAGCAGCAAGCCCUGCUCAGAGAGCAGCAGAAGAGGCUGAAUAGAAUAAAAAUGCAAGAAGGUGCUGAAGUUGACUUAGACACCAUCCCAAGUACUAAAGUACGAGAGCACAGAAUGUCCAGAGAGGACACUAAUGAUUUCUUGAAAAAUUCAUUGUUGGAAUCUGAUAGUGCUUUUAUUGGUGCGUAUGGGGAGACAUACUCUGCCAUAGAUGAUGAUGCCCUCCCUCAGCCAUCACAGAUGUCUUCUGCGAGAGAGCGCAGGAGGAACAAAUUGAAAGGACUGGAGUUUGAUAUCAGUUGUCCUAAGAUACCACCAGAUGGCCUCUCUUUAAGAUCUGUCUCCAGUGCAAAUAUUGAUCAGCUUAGAAUGAGAAAUGAGGAAAGAAUGCGAAGACUGACUGAACUUCAAAAUAAACCUAUUAAUACAGAUGAUGAAAGUUCACUGGUUGACCCUGAUGACAUCAUGAAACACGAGGGUGAUGAUGGAUCAAACUCUGUAGCAACUGAGCCGUGGCUCCGCCCUGGCACCUCAGAAACACUGAAACACUUCAUGGCUGAACAGCUCAACCAGGAGCAACAGCAGGCUCCUAGAAAGCCAGGCACCUUUACUUGGCAGGGCCUGUCUACUGCCCAUGGUUAACUAAAUCUGUAAUGGACCUAGUAGUGCCUUUUAAGGUGAAAGGAAUGUCAAAUCUGUGCCAUUAAUGUUGUACUUUGGGUCCCUACAUGAAAUUAGGGUCCUUCUCUGUAUAAAGUGUAUUUUUUCCAUGAUGAUUAUAUAUAUAUAUAUAUAUAUAUAUAUAUAUAUAUAUAUAUAUGGCCAUGAUUGAUUUAUAUAAUUAUUUUUGCACAAUUUUUCCAUAAUUAGGAUGGUAAUGAACUACCAUAUGUGCAUUAAAUUCUGCUUGUCAUUAAGAUGAAUGAAAUGUGUGUUUUAACAAUGCUGUAAACCAGUUACCUUUGUUAUUUGCACAUUUGCCAUUGUUAUUUCUGUUCAGAAGAAUUCAGUUAGUAAAUCUGUUAUACCUGUGACUGUUCUCAUUGUUAUAUAAUGAGGGGCUCAAAUAGGCUGCUUUCAUGUCAUUUCUGGGUGAUUUAGUAGAAAUUAAGGGGGCCGUAAUUUUAUACCCAUGAGCCACACACUAAACGUUCUUUCUGUCUCUUUCAUUUUUAUGAUGGUGAAAGAUAAUUGUGUCAACUUAUUAAUUUAUAUGAUUUAACUACUUCUUGAUAGAAAUAAAUUUUUAUUUUUAU